UGUGGUGAGCACAAAGCGAACUAUUCUUUCGCCUUUUACUAAAGAAUACCGUGUGCUCUCCACGCUAAGUGGCAUACGCCUAUUUUUGGAGGGAUCUACCUUCGGGUGGACCCAACAGUUAACCAGUCUAAAUUUUUUUUUGUGGGAAGCCUCAAAGUUAUUUUCUCAUGACGGUGGUGCCGUGGUGGAAAUCAAAACGGAUGUGUUUCAGUUUCCUCUAGAUUCUAUUUUUCAUAGAAGCUACAAAAGAAAAUCGAAUCUUCAGUUGGAAUAUAAAUUUAUAAUACAGUACUACGGUUGAUCAAGUUUCCCAACGAUAGAUCUCUGUCUCUUCCUCAUCAUGAGCUCGUGUGUGUAUAUAUGAAGCCCUCGGAGGUCCUCGUCUGUAUUUGAUCAAAUUAGAGAGAGAGAGAGAGACAGAGAAGAAGACAAAUGUUGUUGAAAAGACAUUGCUCGAGUGAUCAAAACAAAACAGUAAAAAGACAUCGUCGCUCCAGUGAAGCAGUGCUGCUACCACUCCAUGUUGUAGAGCUCAUGCUGGAGAGGCUUCCUGUGAAAUCUCUCCUAAGAUUCAAGUCUGUAUCCAACAAGUGGAAAUCGACAAUCGAGUCCCGGUGUUUCCAAGACCAACAGUUUCUCCGUCGUAAGCAAUCAGGAGGUCCAGAUGUCCUUUGCGUAGCCAUUGGUGAUGAUCUUUAUAAUAAUAUUAAUCAAGGUUAUUAUGAAGCAGCUCCAAGGGAUACAGUUAUGUUGGGGUCUUCCGUAGUUUCUAAGGUCAGGCUCCCUAUUACAAACAUGAUGCUCUGCCAUGGUAGUUGUGACGGUCUUCUAUGCAGUUACUGUUCUUACACUCCUAGUGUCGUGAUCAAUCCCGCCACGAGAUGGCAACGAAGUUUUCCUCUUUCCAACUUCCAACAGCUCUGCAUCGACAUGGUCGACAAAAAUCAGUAUGAGUUCCCAAUGCAUAAGCUUGGAUUUGGCAAAGACAAGUUUAGGGGCACUUACAAGCCGGUAUGGUUGUAUAAUUCAUCCAAAUUUGGACUAGAAAACGUUACAACUUGUGAAGUUUUCGAUUUUAGCAAAAACGCUUGGAGGUACAUUGUCCCUGCUUCUCAUUAUAAGAUAAAUUAAGUCAGUUUUCCUGUGCACUUAGAUGGGUCACUUUAAUGGCUCACCCUUUGCGAAGAAACUAAGGUGUUAUCUUUCGAUCUUCACACUGAAACUUUUCAAGUCAUCUGUAAAGCCCCUUUUCCUCGCUCAAGUGAACGUUUCAGGUCUCGUAACUACAUCAUGUGCAUCCUCGACAAUCGCUUUUGCGUAUCCGAGAAGAAGGGGACAACCCAAGUGAUAUGGUCGUUAGAUUCUUCAGGCGGCAACAAGACAUGGAAGAAACUGUGUUCGAUAGAUUACGCAAACACUUUGUUUGGGGUGAAACCCAUCUUCGGACCGUUGGCACCAAUUGAAAUUCUGGAUGAGAAUAAGUUAUUGCUUCAAGAUAAUGGUCACUUGGUGAUGCAUGAUCUCCAUACCAAAUCUUAUGAUUCACUCUUAGAACCUGAACCCAUUGAAUAUCCUGUUUCUUAUUUUCAAAGUUUAUUUUCUGUUUCAUCAAACUAAUCACCUUGUUUUGUUUAGCUACUUUUGUACCAAUGUAAAACAUUUUCUGCAUUUGAAUUUAACAAUGGUUUUGUUUUAGGCU